GUCUUUAAGCAAUUUAGAGGCCACCGAUAGGAGUGUGAGCAAAUCAGAGCAGCAACGCCGACGCGACGAUGACUUGCCCGCCGCCGUCCCAGGGGAAGCUCAUCACGGUGCUGAGCAUCGACGGCGGCGGCAUCCGCGGCCUCAUCCCGUCCACCAUCCUCGCCAGCCUCGAGGCCAAGCUCCAAGAGCUGGACGGGCCGGACGCGCGCAUCGCAGACUACUUCGACGUGAUCGCCGGGACGAGCACCGGCGCGCUGGUCACGUCGAUGCUGGCGGCGCCGGGCGAGAACAAGCGUCCCCUCUUCGCCGCCAAGGACAUCAACAAGUUUUACCUCGACAACGGGCCCAAGAUCUUCCCUCAGGCGAGGUCCGGGUUCCUGGCUCCGGUGACGUCAUUGGUUGGCUCGCUGCUGGGUCCCAAGUACGACGGCAAGUACCUGCAUGACAAGAUCAAGAGCCUCACCAACGACGUGACCUUAGCCGACACCCUCACCAACAUCAUUGUGCCGACGUUCGACGUCAAGUUCCUGCAGCCGAUCAUCUUCAACACGUACGAGGCCAAGAAGAACCCGCUCAAGAACGCCCAUCUGUCGGACAUCUGCAUCAGCACGUCAGCGGCGCCCACCUACUUCCCCGCACACUACUUCAAGACCCAGGAUCCUUCGGGCAAGCUCCCCGACAGUGAGUACCACCUUAUCGACGGUGGUGUGGCCGCUAACAACCCCACCAUGGCCGCCAUGUCCAUGAUAACCAAGGAGGUGCUGUCCCGGAACCCGGACUUCAACCACGGUAAGCCUGCCGGGUACGACAACUACCUCAUCAUCUCCUUAGGUACCGGCUCGCCCAAGCAGGCGGAGAAGUACACCGCGCCGGAGUGCGCCAAGUGGGGCCUCCGCGAGUGGCUCAUCGACGGCAGCUUCACCCCUAUCAUCGACAUAUUUUCACAUGCCAGCGCUGACAUGGUUGACAUCCACGCCGCCGUGCUCUUCAAGGCUCUCCGAGUUGAGGAGAACUACCUCCGCAUCCAGGUGGACUCACUCGUUGGGGACACCGCGUCAGUGGAUAUCGCCACCAAGAAGAACAUGGAGGCGCUGAUUCAGAUUGGUGAAAGUUUGCUCAAGACGAAGGUGUCCAGGGUGAACAUCGACACAGGGAAAUACGAGGUCGUCGACGACGAGGGAACUAACGAGGAGGCGCUCGCGCGCUUCGCUACGAAGCUCUCUGAAGAGCGCAAGCUGCGCCAAGCCAAUCUCAAUUCCUACUAGCAGAGACUGAUAUAGCAGAAACGAAUAAGCAGCAUCAGCUAGCACAAGAAAAUGUUGGAUCGACCGAUAAAGUGUUCUAGUAUUGUAAUGUGAACGAAUGAUUAGUUGUUGUAAUCAUUCAUUUUACUUGAAUAAUAAUUAAGUGAAAAAGGGUGAAGCA